CACCUGGUCGUCGCUUGCGGUAAAAGGAGCAGUAGUCAGACUUUGAAAAAGGCAGAAAAGGCCUACUGGAUUAGACUAGAAUAUCAGAUUAUCAAGAUAGACUAGCCUUCCUUUCAUAAAGUUUCCUUAACCUUUUCCUUUUUUCGUAAGCAUCUUGGGGUAACCUUUCCCAAUCCAAUGCCCUCCUGAUGUGUUGUACUACAACUCGGAUAAUUCCCAAUGGGAUUGUAGUUUUCCAUACCUAGCUGGACACGGUGGGGGUUUGGUUUGCAUCUUUAAGGGGUGACAGGUUUGAAAAAGUGUUUAUAGGGGAGUAUGCUGAUUUAUUUCCCUAAUUCACCAUGGCAGUCAAUGAAGAAAGGAAGGGAGAGAAAAAAUAUCCAAAAGUAAACUGGUAUCUUUUCAAAAUAAUUAAUAUAACUGUCAUAAAUUUUUCCCCAUUCAAUAAAGUUUUGCGCUGUUUUAUUCUGUUGUGAAUAGAACCUACUUUUUGGAAGAAACUAUUGUAUGUUGAUCUGCUGUGGGUCUGCUUCUGAAUAUUGUAAAGAUAAAAUGAAUUAUAAGAAUUGUUCUAGUUAAGAAUUAGGGAAUUUGGGAUUAACACAUUUGAAAGAUACUGGGUUGGGAAAGCUUAAUCUUUGAAUUUUUGUUUCUUUCUCUAUGAUUUUAAUUGUUAUUAGGUAACCAAAUGUAUAGUUUUUUUAUUAUUAUGAAAGCAAAGUCAAGUACCACUGUCACCUCUUUAGUAGAUCAUGUUUUCAUUGAAUCAUUAUCAGCAUUUUAUACUUCACUCUAAUUCUUUGUUCUACCCCUGAAAAGCAAACCAUGGGAUAGCUGCUUGCAGACAAAAUAGAAUCACGUUGUCCCCACUAGUAUUUUUUGUGAAAACUCUAAGAACCAACUCAGCUGGCAUCAUGGAUAAAAGGUGUUAUGGCUGUGCAUCAAAGUUUACUGUCUUCAAGAAACAGUAUGGUUGCAAGGGUUGUGGUCGAGGAUUUUGCUCAAGCUGCCUUGGAUUCAGUGCCACUGUUCCUCGUUGUGGGGACACUCAGCAGAAGGUUUGCAAGCAGUGUCAUGGAGAGUUAAGUGCACCAUCUCAGUCAAAUUCAGCUAGAUGGUCUCCACCAGAGAACUAUAGGAAGCGGAUUGCAGCUCUUGAAGCUAAGCAGAACCAGACGCAGAGUCCUCAGAAGGGCUUGGUGAAAUCUCAGAGUCAGACGGACUCCAGAUAUCGAGGGUUAUCAAAAGAGGAUAAGAUUCUAACAGAGAGACUGGAGAGGCUCAAGAAGGCAGCAAAGCCUAAGUCUAUUCCAUCCCAGGCGGAGAUAGAAUCUAGGCUGGCGGCACUGAAAGGAGACUCUGGAAGAGCCAUUCCGACAACCCAAGAGAUGGAAGACCGUUUGGCAGCCUUGCAAGGCAGAACACUUCCAUCUGCAGCCCCCAGACCCGUACACCAGGUCCCCAGCAGCAAGACUCAGGUGGAGCAGUCAGAUGACUUGCUGAACCAGAUGGCUGAAGAAGUUGCCAUUGAUGAGAGUGGAGGCUUCACAAUUACAUCUCAAGAAGUGAGGACACAGAACUGGAAUGAUUUGAAUCAAACAGAUGCCACUGCAGGCAUUUCCGAUCUGUCUCUCAGGCAGUUGGAGGAGGAGAAAACGAAACUAUUGGCACAGGCGGCGGCUGAACUCAGGGAGGAAAACACCAGGGAGGAAAAGAUUUUGGAAGUGGCCAAGCGAUUGGCAGUUUUGAAAGGCAAAGAUCCUCAGACAGUUACUUUGGAUGAUUACAAACUCCCCAAUAGUGAUGAAGAAGAGGAGGAAGCCAUCCAGAGAGUUUUGAAACAGCUUACUGAAGAAGCAGCUUUGGAUGAAGCAAGCGGCUUCAAUAUUUCCCCAAAUCAGUCUGCAACUGUGCAGUUGAAUUCCACUAAGAAAACCAAGGCACAAGCUCCAGUUGUUGCUAAACAUCUAAUCUGGCCUGCCAGAACAUCAAACAGCGAUGAAGAAGAAUUACCCUGGUGCUGUAUCUGCAAUGAAGAUGCCAGUGUGCGCUGCCACAGCUGUGAUGAUGACCUCUAUUGUCAGCGCUGCUUCAGGGAAAGCCACGACGAGUAUGAUUGGAAGGAGCACAGAACAUCUGGCUAUCGUCCUCCCCGCCAGCAAAAAUGAGCCCAAAGAGCAGGAUGGGAAAGGUUUGAAAAAAGGCAUCGGCCAGAAAUGUUUUCCACUGGGCAUCAGCUGGGCAUAAAAAUCAAUUCUGGAUACCGAGGAAAGAGAAACCUAUACUUGGCAAGAACAAGAAGUUGCAAUGAAAUUAAAUGAGACACUGAAGCUGGUUUGUUUUGUGAAUAAGCCAUGAAGAAUGAUACGGUUAAAUAGGAAGGUUAUUGUGCUCCUGAGGACUA